GUAUCUACUCUUAAAAAUUAACAAGAACAUGCAAAAAAUGGUUGUAAUGUCCAAUAAAAUGCAAUUAGACUUGUGGUUAACAAAAAGGAAACAGCUGACGCAAAGAAACGAAUUCAAGUAGAAUAAGAAGGUGCUAGGUAGCGUGCAAUAGGUCAAACUUGUAGCUUCAUUACUUAUCCCCACUCCCCCUCACUCGACCGAAUGGCGCGCGGCGAGAGGUUGUGCGGGCUUGAGUGUCGUGUCGUGUUUCUCGCGUCCUCGAGUAGUUGGCAAUAAUACUUUUCCUUUGAGACAUGAAUGGAACUAUUUGUCGCCAACCUUCCAAGUUAUAACAUCCCAUGCGACAUUAAAACUUUCCGCGAAAAUGUGCUACCAAUAAAGUGUUGUUUGUUUUUGUGAAGUGCCCGAAAAAGUCAAAUUUACAACCGGAUACCGUCAAGAUGGGUUCGAAAAUCGAGUACGUGGAUUCGUCACAUUUAUACGCGACCAACUAUGUCCGUAAUUCGAAAGCUAUCGGAGUGCUCUGGGCGAUAUUUACGAUUUGCUACGCGAUCAUAAGCGUUGUCGCGUUUGUGACACCUGAAUGGAUUGGUGAUUUAGAGACUGAGUAUCCAAGGAAGUUCGGUUUGUGGCAAGUUUGCAAGUCUGAUGAAGCUAUUGAGGACUGUAAAGGAAGACUCGAUGAGUUUUUCUCGAUAAAUGGACUGGUGUUUAAGAUUGCGACUGUGUUAGUGGGCAUAGCGGUCGCAUUGGCCUUGUUUACGAUCUGUGCGAUGCUGUUAUUCUUCUUUUGUCAAUCGACGACGGUGUUCCAUAUCUGUGGAUGGUUGCAGCUUUUAUCUGCGGUGUGCAUGGUAGCCGGGGUAGCAGUUUACCCCGCGGCGUGGAACGAGACGUCCGUCCAAGAGACCUGCGGGCCCACUGCAGAUCAGUAUAACAUAGGGCGCUGCCACGUGCGCUGGGCCUACAUUUUGGCCAUCAUCGGCUGCUUAGACGGCGUGGUGCUGGCGGCCCUGGCUUUCAUCCUGGCCACCAGGCACGUGAGGCUCCAGCCCGACAGCGGGUACCCGCCGCCUUCGCUUUACAAAGGCGAAGUUAACAACGCUUACGUGACCGACGCGACAUCUGUGUCGGGUUCUCGCAAGUCUCUCGCCCUGCAGCCCGUUCUGAUCAUGCAUCCCCACGCGCCUAUGGACAUGGACACCUAUUCCCACUACUCUGGCAGAACGGCCAGAUCCAAACACGGGAUUUAUGCAAACACUAUGCAUAACUAUCAGUUGUAGAAUUAAGUUUUUGUUUCACUCUUAAAAUGAACUUAGAAGACAGUUCAACUACUCCCCGUUAGAUGGCGCUCAUCGUUUCAAAGUUUAAGACAUGUUACAUGUAGAAGAGUUUUACUAUUCGCCGUUAGAUGGCGCCGAGCAAAAUUAUUUGUGAAUGAAGUACAUCAGAUAAAACUAGAUGGCAUUUUUAAGGAUUCUCAAAUAUCUUACAGAUGUUUGUUUGCAAAUUCAAUAAUAAAUAAUUAAAAAAAUUAAAUGCCACUUCGUGCCUUUUAAAAUUAAUUUCCAUCGACUGUUCGAAAAGUAUUCAAAAUCUACAGUCUAAUCUUAAUUUACCCUAAUACCUACUUAUUUUCUUAAGUGUACUUUACCUGAAUUUAAAUUAAUUAUUAGCUUAAGUAUUGCUAUAUUUUUAUACAUGUAAAUACUUGUACUGUUUACUAAUAGAUUUUGUAAAAACAUACAAUUUUAUUAUAUUUUAAAUAUAAAAUUACUUACCAUUAAUAUUUUCUAAACAUUCCAAAUCAUUUUGUGUUCAACCACAAAGUUCAACGAUGUGACAACGAAUAGAAAAAUACAUUUUGGGUCUCAAUUUAAAUUGUAGUUUGUUGUAUUUUUAUAAAUAAACAUUUUAAGUACAAAAA